AUGGCCAUGGCCUCCUCCGCUCGCGGCCCCGUUUGCCGCCAUCUCACAACCGCCGCCGCCGCCGCCUCGCUGCGUACCUCGUCGUCGUCGUUGUCACGGCAUCAUCGGCUGCUGCCGGUCCAGCGUCGGUGGGCUCAGGUCCAUGACGUGCGCUUCCUCACCACCCACAACGCGGUGCCUCGGGCCGUGCUCGACAAGUAUCGCGAUAAGCUCGACAACAAGGCCAAGAGCGAGGGCCACGCGUCCAUUGACGACCUCCGCGCCGCCUACGCCGACCAGAUUCUCGCCCAGCGCAAAAAGGGCGCCAUCGACCCGGCCAUUGACCAAUUCAUACCCCAGGCACCCGACACUCCAGUCGCCCAGCCCAACCGCGGCGACCUCCCGACGACGAAGACGACAACGACGAACCCCGAUGAACACGCCCGGCAAGAAAAGCAACGCGCCGCCGCCGCCGAGGCCGCGCGCAAAACGGCCGCCUCGGGCGAGAAGCCCGCCGUCAAGACGCUCGAUGAGAUCCUCGACCUCGACAAGGUGCGCGCGCUGCCAGAAAAAGAAAUCACCGCCAUCUGGCGCCUGCGCCACGCCGCCUCGCCCUCGCGACUCUCCGCCGUCAUCCCCGCCCCGACCUACGCCGCCAUGGAGGCGCUCGCGCGCCGCGCGCCGCAGUUCGUCCUGCCCGUCCCGCACGAGACCCAGGGCGCCGAGAUGCAUUUCCUGCAGUGGGUGUUUGACCCGGCCUCGCGCACCAGCACCGUCCUCUUCACCCAGCUCGCCGAGUACAAGACGCGCGGCGAGUUUGCCCAGCCGCACACCACAAUCACCCACCACCUCGACCUCGCCGACGACAAGGGGCUCGUUCUCAUGCAGGGCCACGUCGUGGACAACCGCGGCGUCAAGCCCGAGCACGCAAAGUGGCUCGCCGUCUGCCUCCAGCGCUUCUACGGCGCCUGGGAGGCCGGCGUCGAGCUGCAAGGCGAGCGCAAGGAGCGCGCAGAGGCUCGCAAGCAGCUGCUCGAGUGGUUUGCCGCCGGCGACGCACGCUUUAGUGUCGAGAAGUUGCUCGAGGAGGCUGAGCGCAUGGGCUGA